GCGUGUUCUAAGGCUACGUGCAGGCCCCGCCCCGCCAGUAGGCGUUGUCGCAAAACACCCGUAUGAGGUUCGGCUCCGCCCCGGAUACUGAAGCGAAAGAAGGCGACGGUGGAGUCCGGUAUGAGGAAGUUGUGCGCGCUUGUGUCCCUAUGAAGAGCCCUGGAACCAAUGAUGCAGGAGCCGGCAAGGCCCCGCUACAGCCCUCGGAUACCGGGAACACGGACAACCGUGAUCACGUGCAGUUGAAAGUACCCCUUAUCCAGCAGUCUUACCACUGGGAUUGUGGCCUGGCAUGUGCCCGCAUGGUAUUGCAGUACCUCAACCUCCUGAAUGAAGAUGAGUUCCAGAAUGCAAUGCAGGAGCUUCAGCUCACAAAAAGUAUUUGGACUAUUGACCUUGCUUACCUAAUGCAUCACUUUGGGGUACAGCACCAGUUCUGCACACAGACCUUGGGUGUAGACAAAGGAUACAAGAACCAAUCUUUCUAUAGGAAACAUUUUGAUGCAGAAGAGAACAGGGUAAACCAAUUAUUUGCCCAAGCUAAAGUUCACGGUGUCAAUAUAGAAAAAAGAAGUGUAACAAUACAGGAACUGCAAGAUCAUCUUUCCCAGGGACAUGUGGCCAUCGUACUGGUGAAUGCUGUGCUGCUCCUAUGUGACCUCUGUCCUAGCCGUGUUAAAUACUGCUGUUUUCUUCCUAUUGGUCAAAAAUGCUUUUGCAAAAGCGGUGAAUAUCAGGGCCAUUUUAUUGUGCUUUGUGGCUACAACAAAUCUUCUGGAAGUUUCUUCUACAAUAAUCCUGGAUAUGCAGACAGGUUGUGUCGGACAAGCAUCACCAACUUUGAAGAAGCCCGUAGUAGUUAUGGAACAGAUGAGGAUAUCCUGUUUAUCUAUGUGGACAGCUGACCUCAGAAUAGAACUGGUCAAGAAACUGAUACUUUCUUGUAUGCAAAAUUAUAUCUGCAGUCCGUGCACUACAGAGACAUUUCUAUAAAAAAUGGAUGAUGGGUGGAUUCACUGACCACCUAUAGAGGACACGACGAUCUACUACCAGAGGGAGUUAUUUCUAGCGUAUUAAGCUAUGCAUUUAAUGCGGUAAUGUUAGCCUUAUUACAUUAAGGGGAGGUUAUGUUUGGAUCCGGUUGUGAACACCUUAGCACCUCAUUUCAAGACCAUGGGCUUUGACAUGGUGUUAGCCCCCCCUCUUUUGCUGCUAUAAUAGCAUCCACCCCUCUUGAAAUGCUUUCUAUCAGGUUUUUAAUCGAUACCAAGAGGAUUCAAGAAUAAGAUCAUUAUUGAGGAGGUUAGGUACUUGUGUUGGACAAAGACUUCACAGUUAUGGUCACAGGUGUCUACAGCAAGAUAGAAGUAAGAGUUCUGUGGAGGCCAGUUAAGUUCUUCCACACCAGACAUGGCAAACUGUAAAGAACUUGAUUUCUUAUUGAAACAGGAAGGGCUUAAGUCAGCUGGCAUUGCUCAUCCACGAAUCUGAAGUUCAUCUGUCAGAUUGCCAACGGAUGGAUCAUGUUUCCAUUCUUUCUUACGACUUCAGCCAAUAUUUGGCAUUGCACAUAGUGGGCUUAGGUUUUUGUGUUAAUGCAAAAUCUUGGAAACACAAUCGAUGAAGCUUAUGAAUAACAGUACUUGUGCUUUCAUUGCUCACAGAAGUAGUUUGGGAAUCAGUAGUAAGUUUUGCAGCUGAGGCAAGGAUUUUACACACUAGGUGCUUCAGCCUGUGUUUGUCCUGUCAUUGAGACUAACAUAAUUGUUCCUCAACAUUUUCACAUCAAUUAUAACAGCAAUGUCAUUUCAUAACUGUAAUUUCAUAAAACUUUUUAAAUUGUGAGAAGUUUUGAUCGAUGGGAGAUUAGCCACCAGUCGCUAAAACAAAGAAGUGCUUAGAUGAGUACUGUGCCCCUUUUAAUUCUGAUUUGUUGCACUUGGCCAAGCAAUUGGUCCGUGGCCUAUUUAAGCUUUUGUCCUUUCAUUUUAGUGAUCUGGUGAAGUCUUCACCUAACCGUUUAGUACUUCAAACGUGUCAAAACUUUUAUGAAUUGAUAGUUACAUUAAAGUGUAUCUGUCAUUUUAAAUUACACUUUUGACAUGUCAGAGAUAUGUGAGAAGUUUUGAUCGAUCUGAGAUGGCUGGGAAGUGAAGCACGCUCAUCUACCAUUGUAAUCUUAGCUACAGAUGUUCAGUGACUGGUGGUGGUUCAUUUAUCUUAUCACUACUUCUUCCGUUUGAGGACAGGGUCACCUGAACUGUAUAGAUAGGGAAAGAUUUGUAAAUUUCUAGAUGGUGUAGUAUCAAGAAAAGGGAAUUUCUCCACUCUGUAUUUUAAAUGCAGUGGUUUUAAAUGCUUGGUUACACACAGGGGUGAGGUGUCUGUUUAUAUAGAUACAUUUCACCAAACUUAUUUACUGGUCUGGUGAUAUGCCAUCUGUCCAAAAAUAAAAAAAAUUGUUUUUAAUGAUCUGCUGGCAAUGUCCUGUAGAGAUGAGCGAAGUUAGUGAUUUGAUUCGUCACAAACUUCUCGGCAGUUGCUGACUUUAUCCUGCAUAAAUUAGUUCAGCUUUCAGGUGCUCCGGUGGGCUGUAGACUCUCUCCUAGGACUAUCCACCUUUUCCAGCCCACCGGAGCACCUGAAAGCUGAACUAAUUUUUGCAGGCUAAAGUCAGCAGUCGCCGAGCCGAGAAGUUCGCGACUUAUCGAAUCACUGUAACGUCACUCAUCUCUAAUGUCAUGCAUAUAUACCAUUCACAUCACUUUCCAUUGUCUUGUGCCUACAGCAGUUCCUGACACCUUUGCAUAUCCUAAGCUGGACUCCAAUGCUGCUCUGUGUCUGUACACCUAAUCUGCUGUUUUAUUUGAAUUAUCAAACAUUCAGCAGCAAAUAAAUCUAAUGUUAAAUAUU